UCAGAACACAUGCCGUUUCUUCCACACUGGUGUAAUCGAGGUAAGAAAAUUAAGGCCUAUGAGUGAAGAAAAUCAGGUAUUAGUUGUAUUUUCUUCUCGGCUUUAGGAGCUUAAGCGUUUGGAAGUUAUUGUGAUUCAAGCAUCAACACCAUGGAUUUCCGGUCAAUAGAGAAGCUGCUCACAUGCCCGUACAACCCAGCACAUCAGAUUUUGCCACAUCGUAUGGCACAGCAUCUAGUGAAGUGUAAAAAAUCUCACCCUGAUGCUGACAUGAAGGUAUGUGUCUUCAAUGCAACACAUGUGGUACCAACUCACCUUUACCAAGUACACAUCCUGGAGUGUCCAGAUAAAGCUGUUGUGGAGAGGGACAUCUAUAGAAGGAGAGAAGUUGAAAAUAAACUGCAGGCUAAGAGGCAGACCCCAAGGCCUGUAAUAUCAACUCAUGCUUUAUGCACUGAAGAAGACUGGGACUCUGAGACUGUUGCUUCAUCAUACAACCCAGCAGAGCACAUGAUUCACCGUGAGAUAGCCAGGGCACCACCUCCAGGCUUGGGAAAAGGUGGGAGGAGAAAAUGGCGCGAGGUGGAGCUGGAACGCCUCCGAAGACUGAAAGCGGGAGAACCUAUUGAUGAUCUGGUAUACCCAGGAAAACACGAAGACCAGAUGCUUGGAAGUCAGAUGAAAAGUGCCAGUGUGGAUAUCCUUAGCCAGUCCCAGUCUUUCAGCAGAAUUACAUCAAGCACUAGUAGCCUGGCAAUGCAGAGUGACCAACCUCUUCGCCGACCCAAGACUGACUUAGAACCACAAUCACGGAUUGCUGCUAACAUAUUCCAUAAUGGUUCCUGCACGACUGUCAAUUCUGAUCCAAAAACUGAGGAAAUGCAAGCAAAGAUGGAAGAACUGAAAAAGCAGGAGAACAAAAUCAAGUCAAAGUUGAAACAGAUGAAGAAAUUGGAAGGGAGGAAAGCAAGUGGAGGCCAACUGACAUCGGAAGAGGAAGCCAAAAUAGCCAAGAGAAGUGAGUUUGAAGCAAACCUUGCGGAAGUGAAAGGGAAAAUGGAAGAACUUACAGUGUAAUUGUUGAGAUGGAUCAUGUAUUGAGAAGACCACAGUUUUGAUUAAUUUGUAAUUGUUAUGACAAGUCAUUUCAUUUUCAUAUAUCCUUGUGUCACUGAGAUUUGGGAAAUGUAAUACCAAUGAAAUUGUAUUAUUAUUCCUUUUAGUAGUUUAAUCUUGUAUCUUGUUUGCACUGAAUUUGUUGUAGCUUAAUCCACAUAAUUACAUAAUGGAGGUGCAUAUCAAAUACUUUUUUUUUUUUUUUUUUUUUUUUUUUUUUUU